AUGCCAAUGUUGAGGCAGCACAAACACCGAGGUACGGAACCAGUACGAACUUCCCAAACACCUAUGGAUGGCGAACUUUAUGGAACAGCAAGACGACAGCCGUCGAUGACAACUUAUGAACAAACGCAAUCGUCCCUUCGCAACCGAAACUGCGUACCCGCCGCCCCAGCACCGUCGGCUACCAUGACGGGACACGACGCAUCUCUCCCUCUGGACCGAUCGUAUUCCACACGCGCACAGCAAACUCGACGCUCUGCUGGGACGAAGCAAUCCCCUGACUCGAAGCCGAGAGCUCGCCUAUGGAAGAAUGGGUGA